AUGAAGAUUAAUGCUGCUACCCUCGCUCUUUUCUCCACAACUGAGGCCGUGUCCCUCAAACCGUGGAGAGUUGCACAUUCGAAAAAUAUUGACAAGAAGAAAUCUGACGAUAAAACACAUGCGAAAGCCCUCAGAGAGCAAGAAAAACUGAUGGAAGAAGAAGAAGAUGUUACGCUUAUCAUGAACUGGUCUGGCGUCUCACCAUCCUUCGAAGAGCGAAAAACACUACGAAAACUGCCAGAACGAUGCGGCGGCUGUUGGCUAACAAACGACAGAACUACCGAAAAAACGGCUCAUUCGAUUAUCUUUGAUAACACAAGAUACUUCGCACACAUGGAUGAUGUCCCAGACCUCUACAACCGAAACCAGGACCAAUACUGGGUAUUCUUCGCCCGCGAAGCUGCUUCCAAGAAUGCCGGAGCCGGAGCUGCGAAAAUGGAAGGCCAGUGGGAUCGCUCCUUCAACUUGACCUCUUCUUACCGUCUUGAUUCCGACGUCCCACGACCCUAUGGCGACUACAACUCCGCUCUUCAAGAUGCUAGAUAUUCUUACAACAAAAGUCAAGGAAAAUUCAUCGAGCGAAUUAGCGGAGAAGGAAUCAUGAAGAUCAUCCAGCGAUUGAAACAACCAACUGGUGAAAAUCACACUGCCUGGUUGGUGUCCAACUGCGAAGAAACACGAGGAGCCGUUGUUCGAAAAGAGUUUACUGAUCGACUCGUCAAGCACGGCUUGAAGCUCGACGGAUACGGCGAGUGCUACGACAAUGUCCUUGUCGAUUCUCCAUGGAAGAAGCCCAGUUUUGAUACUGAUACCUACGGUCCUUUUACUAAGUACAAGUUCUACCUUGCCUUCGAAAACUCGAUCCACUGCAACGACUACAUGUCCGAAAAGUUCUGGCGAAAUUCGUUGAAUCAAUUCAUGGUCCCCAUCGUUUACGGUCCUCACCCAGACGAUGUCAAGGCCGUGGCACCGCCAAAUUCGUACAUUCACGUCGAGGAUUAUUCUUCGCCCCACGAGCUUGUCAAGUACUUGGACUAUUUGGACAGAAAUAUGACUGCUUACAUGGAGUACCAUUCCUGGCGAUUCGCUGAAGCUGAUCCUGAUGAGCCCAACGCCUCAAAAAAUACUGAAAGAAUGUAUUGCGGCGUCUGCAAGGAAGUCAAGAAGCGAAAGAAUCUCGGCUUCCCGAAGAAGAUCAUUCCUUCCGUCGCCAGCUGGUGGUGGAUGAAUGUUCACGAUGAUCAAUGCAUCUCAGGACAAGAAAUGCCAAAGUGGCUCGUCGAUGAGCCAGUGGUUACUUCUGAGAAUAUGUAUGACGAGCUCAAAGUCCUGUCCUUCAACAACGGCAAACACUCACCAAAAUAA